UGUGUGCUCUUAAUCUGAUUUCUAUAAAUCCAUGUCUGGUUCUCGGUGUGAUCUUCCAUCCCCAAAACUCUCUCAUAUUAUAGGUAUUACAAGUCGCUACCUUCGAUCAAAACGGACUUGUAUCAAUACAGAUUUCAAAAGAGAAGCGAGGGGAAGAAAACGUAGAGGGAAUAAUUCUGAGGUGAUGGCAACCAUCUUGCUUUUUCUUCUCUUCUCAGCAAUUUUCACUGCAGAAGCUCAACAAGCUGGGCAACUCGUUAUCAGGCCAGGUUCUUUGUUAACACCUACAGGCACCGGUGGUACCAACUCUUCAUGGCUAUCACAUUCCGGUCUAUAUGCCUUUGGAUUCUACAAGCAGGGAAACGGCUAUGCUAUCGGGAUUUUUAUUGCUGGGAUUCCACAGAAGACUGUGAUUUGGACAGCCAACCGAGACGAUCCUCCACUUCCCGCUGAUGUUAAAUUGAACUUCACAAGCGACGGACAGCUAAUUCUGGAAUCAGCACAAGGCAACGAGACCACGAUCUUCAAUAAUCCUGAAGCUGCAGCAGCGGCAUCGAUGCUGGAUUCGGGCAACUUUGUUCUCUAUGACUCUGAUAACUCGACAAUUUGGCAGAGUUUCGACCAUCCAACCGACACCUUCUUACCAGGUCAGACGCUUACGAUCGACGAAGUGCUGUUUUCCAGUCGUUUGGACACCGACCACUCAACAGGCAUUUUUCGUCUCAUAAUGCAACAAGAUGGCUGGCUGGCGAUGUACCCGGUUGGAACCCCAUUCACAAUUCAGUAUGGUUAUGGGGGAGUUGGUGUUUCUGGAGAAGGAACUGAUGUUUCACUAAAUUUUGAUACUGAUGGUCACCUCUACUUGCUGAAUGGCACCGGAAUAUAUAUAGUGAAUAUUACACAGGGAAGUCCAAAAAAAGGUAUAAUUUACCGUUUGACAAUUGACCCUGACGGCAUCUCGCGGCAUUACUCGCACAAUCUAGAUCAGAAUGGAGAUUGGAAAGUCACAUGGUCAAAUCCGACCGAUUUGUGUCUCCCUGGGGGUCUCUGUGGCAUCAAUGGAUUUUGUGUUCUAAACGAUCAAGAUGCUGGUUGCAAAUGUCUUCCCGGAUUCAAACCCGUUAAAGAAGACAGUUGGGCUUCAGGAUGUGAAAGGAAUUUUGAUUCUAAAAGUUGCGAAAGCAACGAAGCAGUUUCCGGAUAUACCAUGGAAGCAGAGCCCAAUACCGUAUGGGAAAAUACUAACUAUUCUAUCCAAAUAUCUCCAACCCAAGAAGACUGUGGAGAAGCAUGUUUGAGGGACUGUAACUGUGAAGCUGCGUUGUACAAAGACGGAGAGUGUUGGAAACAAAGGCUUCCUUUGAGAUUUGGAAGAAGACAACAGGGUGACUCGAGCGUAGCCCUCAUCAAGGUAGGUACGUCUCCACUCUCUCCGGAUCCAAGUGUGCCGAAAGAGAGCAAAAAGAAGAAUCGAGUGGACAUCCUCAUUAUUGGUGUUUCUUUGAUUGCAUUUGCAUGCAUUGUCUUGGUAGUUUCUGGAAUUGUAGCUUACAAAUAUCGUGUUUGGGCCAACAAAAACAUAUCUAACAAUGAACAACUUGGCUUGGGUGAGGAUGUUGCUCCAAAAUCAUAUACUUAUGCAGAACUUGAGAAAGUGACUGAUGGCUUCAAGGAAGAACUUGGUAGAGGAGCCUUUGGGAUUGUUUAUAGAGGGGCAAUAUGGAAUGGCGAGAAGAUAGUGGCCGUCAAACGACUGGACAAAUUGUUGGCCGAGCGGGAAAGAGAGUUUCAAACGGAGGUGAAAGUUAUUGGGAGAACACAUCACAAAAACCUAGUCCGGUUACUUGGGUAUUGCCAUGAUGGACCGAAUAGGCUUUUGGUGUACGAUUUCAUGAGCAACGGUUCACUUGCAGAUAUACUCUUCAAGCCAUCAAAACAACGACCUUCUUGGGAUAGAAGAAUUGAAAUUGCUCGCAAUAUAGCAAAAGGAAUUCUCUAUCUCCACGAAGAGUGUGAGCCACAGAUCAUUCACUGCGAUAUAAAACCACAUAACAUUCUCAUGGAUGAGAACGGGUGUGCAAAACUCGCUGAUUUCGGAUUAGCGAAGUUGCUGAAACCAGACCAAACCAAAACAUAUACCGACAUAAGAGGCACAAAGGGAUAUGUCGCACCAGAGUGGCAUCGGAACUUGCCCGUGACAAUCAAAGUAGAUGUGUAUAGCUUUGGAAUUAUGCUCUUGGAGAUUAUUUGUUGUCGAAGGAAUGCGGACUUUGAUCUUCCCGAGGAAGAAGCACUCCUUGAAGAAUGGGCAUACCAUUGCUUUGAGUGUGGCGAGAUGGGCAAACUUUUGAAUGAGGAGGUGGUCGACAAGAAACAACUAGAAAGAAUGGUUAAGGUAGCACUCUGGUGCAUUCUAGAUGAGCCGUCACUUCGUCCUUCAAUGAAGAAGGUUCUACAUAUGUUGGAAGGAACUGUUGAUAUUCCAAUCCCUCCCAGUCCGACAUCUUUUCUCACUGCCCUCUAAAUUGGUUUGAAAUAAUAUUAAGUGCCCAGCACGUUCUGUUGCUUA